AUGGAGGGAGACGAGAUCGUCGAGUCGCCGCGCAAGCGACUAAAGACUGACAAUGUUCACACCACAGACAAUGACAUAGCUGCCGCAAUUGCCAACGCCGACAGCUCGGCAAACUCUUCGACCCCCUCAGGAGCAGCAAGGGAAGUCGAUGUCGGGAUCACGGAAUUCGUCAGCGCAGAAAUUCCUGGCUUUGAAGGUAUACUUAAGAAAAGGUAUACCGAUUUCCUGGUGAACGAAAUUCUCCCGUCCGGAGAGGUGCUUCACCUGCAAAAUCUCAAAGUACCCAAGUCGCUGCAGUCUCGACCUGUCAAAGAUACAAAGCCGGAUGUGCACGGCGCAGAAGAUGCAGACCAUGCCGAAGGCGAAGCAGCUGCUUCCAAGGAUGCAACUCAUCAGACGGCCGCAGCCGAGUUUAAGCUAUCAGAAGAUGACCGAGCACAAUUUGAAUCACUCUUCGGAACAGAGUCCUCAAAAAUCAUAGAAUUUCAUGCUCGGAUCCUUGCAUCUCCAAAAUCGCCGCCUAAAAGGUUUGGCCAGAUCGAAGCCGGUAUUGUCGAUGACAAGGAUGUGCGCACCAAGAUGCAUAUGACGUUGCGACGUGUGUUCAAUUCUCUCUUGGAAUCCAAGACAGAUAAAGAGAAUACUAUGAUCAUAUCUGCUGCACCGAACAGACAUAAAAACUCCGCAAGAGGUUUUCGUGGCGAAAGUGGCCGACAGUCUGAUAAGUCUGCCUGGGCUGAGCGAGCCGGCUCCUACCUCCAUUUUACCAUCCACAAGGAAAACAAGGAUACCAUGGAAAUUAUUUCUUUCCUUGCUCGCCAGAUGAAAAUGCAUGCCAAGAGCUUCAAGUUUGCCGGGACAAAAGAUCGCCGCGGUGUCACAGUCCAGAGAGCCUGUGUCUUCAAAGUUGUUGCGGAACGUCUUGCCGGCGUGAACAAAACUUUGCGAAAUGCCGCAUUGGGCGAUUUCACGUAUGAGAAGCAUCCAUUGGAUCUCGGAGAUCUCGAGGGCAAUGAGUUUGUUAUUACGCUUCGAGACUGCCAAUUUCCCAAAGACACUGAUGUCUCGUCUAUCAGCAAAGCAGAAGAGAUUGUGGGUCAAGCCAUGUACAAUUUGCGUCAACGUGGAUAUCUUAAUUACUAUGGAAUGCAACGAUUUGGGACCUUUUCAAAGGGAACGCACGAGGUAGGCACCAAGAUGAUCCAGGGCGAUUUCAAGGGUGCUGUGGAUACUAUCAUGCAUUUCUCUCCUCAAACUCUCGCAGCAGCUCAGAACGCCGAAGCCGGUCCAGUGGUUGGAUCAGACGAUAAGGCUCGGGCUGAAGCAAUCCAUAUUUUCCAGACGACUCGAAAUAUGCAUAAUGCGCUUGAAAAGAUGCCGAAGAAGUUCUCAGCCGAGUCAGCUAUUAUUCGUGUACUUGGCCGUUCAAGCAACGACUAUCUUGGCGCGCUGCAAAACAUUCCUCGCAACUUGCGUUUGAUGUAUGUGCAUGCCUACCAGUCUCUUGUCUGGAAUUUCGCUGCUAGUGAACGCUGGCGCCUCUACGGUGACAAGGUUGUAGAAGGAGAUUUGGUCAUUUCCAACCAGAAAAAGACUGUCGCAGAAGAAGAGACAGUCGAUGCUGACGGCGAAGUCAUUGUUACACCACAGUUUGACGAUAGUUCUACCGCAGUAGACGAUGCCAUUACCCGCGCGCGCCCACUUUCGGCUGAAGAAGCUGCCAGCGGGGAAUACACAAUUUUUGACAUCGUUCUUACGCUUCCAGGCUAUGACGUUGCGUAUCCGGAAAACCAAAUGAAGGAGUUUUACAAAACCUUUAUGGCUAGUCAGCAGGGAGGAGGCCUGAAUCCAUUUGAUAUGCGUCGUAAAUGGAAAGAUGUCAGUCUCCAUGGCGGCUAUCGCAAGUUGCUCAACAGACCGGGCCCUACCUACUCUUAUGAAGUCAAGGCUUAUUCGAAGGAGGAUGAGCAAUUCACAACAACGGAUCUGGAGCGCUUGAAAGCUGCAGUGGCAACAAAGGAGGCGGACAACAAAACAGACAAUGGAGAAACAGCAGUAUCUGGCGUGUCCACACAACCUGGUGGUGGCAAUGGUGCAGAUGCUAAGAAAAUUGCCGUUAUCCUGAAAUUCCAAUUGGGAUCUGGUGAAUAUGCGACGAUGGCGUUGAGAGAACUGAUGAAAUCCGGAGGGCUGAAAGAGUAUAAGCCAGAAUUUGGCGGACGAUGA